UCCACAACAUCAGUGCACUACUACUACUACUACUACUACUACUACUACUACUACUACUACUACUACUACUACUACUACUACUACUACAGUUCAUCUUGAGGAGCAUAAUCUCAUAUUUGAAGAUGAAAACUGUUGUGAUUUUUCUUCUUUUUGCGGCUGUUUCAUUUAAAGCCACAGCGGCCCCAGCAGAGGAGCCAGUUAAGACGGUGGAAGUGAAAGAUGAGCCUAAACCAGCAGAAGUGGCCCAGGUGCAGAUGGUGGAAGUGAAAGAGGAGCCUAAACCAGAAGCUGUAGAGGACCUGCCUCCACUGGCCCCUGAAGUCAUGUCUCAGUAUUGUCUUCCUGGUUGGGGAUUUUUCCGUGGAAGCUGCUAUUUGUUCAACAGGAACUCAAACACUUGGAGAUCCGCUGCGAAUUACUGUGCAAACUUCGGGGCAACUCUGGCAGCAGUGCACAACCCUCUGGAGUAUAACCACUUCCAGUACAUGGUGGGCAGUGCGGGCUGCUCCAGCGCCUGGAUCGGAGGGUACCACUUUGAGAGCUCUUGGCGGUGGCAGGACGGCUCUUACUUUGACUAUUACAACUUCAUGGCCGGAGGCUCCGGUACAACCUACAAGUGUCUGAGGAUGAACACUCAGGCUGGCCAAGGCUGGUACAGUUCAAACUGCAACACCGCCUUACCCUCCAUCUGUCAGAUAAAAGUCCAGUGCUAAUUCCUCCUUAUGUUUCUGCAUUAUUAUAAAAAUGUUAUUCUAAAAUAUAACCUUUGAAUGUUUUAUAUGAACAUUGACAAUUGCUGUUUUUGGAUGUUACUGUUUUCAAAAUAAAAGAUUUUUACCUAUU